AAAAUGUCGCUGAAUGAAGUACUUUUGCUGUUUCUCUUCACCACUUUAACAACAAGUCAAAAUAAUUUCAACAACCAAGGAGUUGGAGACAACAGAAAUGAUGAUUGUUGUGAAGAUUACUGCUACGGAACAGAUGAGGAACCGUAUUUAAACUUCGCCACCAAAACUGCUUACGAUAAUCUCAAUCAUAGGAGGAGCGAAUCUCAACAUCUAAUACCAGAAUGCACUGCAGUACAGUUUUGGAGUUUGAUACGACAUGGAACCAGAUUACCUGAUGUCGAAGAGAUAAAAAAUUUCCGGGGCUUGAGUAGACUGCACGAAGAAAUCGCCAAAAACUACCAUGACAGAAGAUCGUAUCCAGAUAGGGGAAGGUUAUGUCCCAAGGAUUAUGAACUAUUCAUCAGAUGGCGCUUCAAUGACAGCAUUUCCGAGAGCAAAGCGAACUCCCUCACAAGUCAAGGCAUGGAAGACAUGAAGCAAUUAGCGAGACGAUUCAAAUGGAAGUACCCACAACUGUUUCAAAGUUAUGAUGAACGUUCUUAUAACUUCCAAUAUUCGAGUGAAGACAGAAGUCACGAUAGUUUUCAAGCAUACGCUGAAGGACUUUUUGGAAGUGACGCUUACAGGAUUCACUCCAAUACUAUCAAUGCAAAGGAUUUAACCAAGCCUAACGAGAAUUGUCCUAAGUGGUCAGAAAAUGUUGAUAACAACACAGCCGUAACAUCUGAAGCAGAAAGGUUCUUGCAGAAUUCCGAAUACAUGAAGAUGACUAGAGACGUUUUCAGAAGACUGGGAUUCAGAUAUUCACUUAAUGCUACCGUCAUAAGUGAUAUUUACGACUUGUGUCGUUACGAAAAAGCUUGGAUUGUUCAAGAACGUUCACCAUGGUGUGUCGCCUUCAAUAAGGAUCAACUGAAAUUACUUGAAUACGCUGAGGAUUUGAAAUACUAUUACAAAUUUGGUUACGGAAAUCAACUGAGCAAUAGAGUAGGAUGUGCUCCUGUGAAGGAUAUGUAUGAACGAUUUGAAAAGACCGUCAAUGGAAAUUCCGAUGGAACUAAGGGUACCUUCCUGUUCACUAGUACGGCCACAAUUCAGACAGUGCUGACAACUUUAGGAAUCGGCAAAGAUUUCACUCCACUCACUGCAGAUAACUAUCAUCAACAAAGUAAAAGGAACUGGAGAACCUCUUUACUGAACCCCUUUGCUGCUAAUCUGGCCGCUGUGUUAUAUGAAUGUAGAAGUGGAGAGAAGCAUAGGGUGAUGUUCUUCUUGAACGAGAAUCCAGUCGAGUUUACUGACUGCUCUGUCGGUCUCUGCACCUGGUCUACAGUGCAACAGAAAAUCAAGAAUACCGCCAACAACUGCAACCUUCAAGAUUUCUGCAAUGGGAAUUCGAGUGCAAUGAAGUAUUUCAAUCAUGCUUUGCUCUUCGUGAUGUUCGUUGUUUUCAAGAGUGUAUGA